GCAACUUUGGCAUGUGAGUGCAUGCUUACAAACGGCCGGAAGUGUCGCUAGCGGAGAGUGGGCUGGUGCUGGGCGAGGGGGGUGCCGACUCGAGCCCACAGGCCCGUAAGCGCCACUCCGGCCCCUCGAGAUCCUCCCACGGCCCGGUGGCCGCCUCUGGUGCGCCCCGCGAGAACAUGGCGGCCCCCGGCGCCCGCAGCGGCAGCCUCUCGGGCCUGCUCCCCGCGCAGACCUCGCUGGAGUACGCCCUGCUGGACGCUGUCACGCCCGAGGAGAAGGACAGCCUGGUCUACCAGUAUCUGCAGAAGGUGGACGGCUGGCAGCAGGACCUGUCAGUGCCCGAGUUUCCGGAAGGAUUAGACUGGCUGAACACAGAGGAACCUAUUUCUGUCUACAAGGAUCUAUGUGGAAAAGUAGUCAUCCUUGAUUUCUUUACCUACUGCUGCAUAAACUGCAUUCACCUGUUGCCUGAUCUGCACGCAUUGGAACACACAUACUCUGAUAAAGAUGGUCUUCUGAUCGUUGGUGUUCACUCGGCUAAGUUUCCAAAUGAAAAAGUCCUGGAAAACAUUAGGAGUGCUGUCCUUCGGUACAACAUCACCCACCCUGUGGCCAACGAUGCUAAUGCCAGCCUUUGGCAAGAACUUGAAGUUUCCUGCUGGCCAACUCUGGUCAUACUUGGACCCCGUGGAAAUAUGUUGUUUUCUUUAAUUGGAGAGGGACAUAAAGAUAAAUUAUUUUUAUAUACUUCAAUAGCUUUAAAGUACUACAAAGACAGGGGACAGAUCAGAGAUAAUAAAAUUGGAAUAAAACUCUAUAAAGAUUCUCUGCCACCUUCACCAUUGCUGUUUCCUGGCAAAGUAACAGUAGACGAUGUUUCAAAUCGGUUGGUAAUAGCAGACACUGGACAUCAUAGAAUUUUGGUCGUCGGGAAGAAUGGACAAAUUCAGUACAGCAUUGGAGGACCCAACCCUGGAAGAAAAGAUGGACUAUUUUCAGAGUCAACUUUUAAUUCACCACAAGGUAUAGCCAUAAUAAAUGAUGUCAUAUAUGUGGCAGACACUGAAAACCACCUUAUAAGAAAGAUUGACCUAAAAACAGAAACAGUGAGCACCGUAGCUGGUAUUGGAAUUCAAGGAACGGAUAAAGAAGGUGGAGCUAAAGGAGAAGAACAGCCCAUUAGUUCUCCUUGGGAUGUAGUUUGUGGAUCAUCAGGUUCAGAGGGUCAAAGAGAGGACAUUUUGUGGAUAGCCAUGGCGGGGACCCAUCAGAUAUGGGCCCUCCUGCUGGACAGUGGCAGACUCCCAAAGAAAAAUGAGUUAAAGAAAGGAACCUGCCUUCGGUUUGCUGGAAGUGGAAAUGAAGAGAAUCGAAAUAAUGCAUAUCCCCACAAGGCAGGUUUUGCCCAACCUUCAGGCCUUUCUCUGGCCUCAGAGGAUCCCUGGAACUGCCUGUUUGUAGCAGAUAGUGAGAGCAGCACGGUGAGAACCAUCUCGCUGAAGGAUGGAGCAGUGAAGCACCUCGUGGGAGGAGAAAGAGACCCCAUGAAUUUAUUUGCUUUUGGUGAUGUUGAUGGAGAAGGAAUCAGUGCCAAGCUCCAGCACCCACUGGGAGUAACUUGGGACAAGAAAAGGAAUUUGCUCUAUGUGGCAGACUCUUACAAUCACAAGGUUAAAGUCGUCGAUCCAAAAACAAAAAACUGUACAACAUUAGCAGGAACUGGAGAUGCAAGUAAUGUUAUCAGUUCCAGUUUUACUGAGUCAACUUUUAAUGAGCCAGGAGGCUUGUGCAUUGGCGAGAAUGGUCAAUUGUUAUAUGUAGCUGACACCAAUAAUCAUCAAAUUAAAGUGAUGGAUCUAGAAACAAAAACAGUGUCUGUGUUCCCAGUCUUCAGAUCUGGAAGUACUGUGGUAGACGGCCCGUUACCAGCAGAAACACGGAAGGCUCCAUUCAAGCUGCCUAAGUCAGCCCCCAUCGUCUCUCUGGCCCCAGUGGCUGUACCUCCGGGCCAGACGCUUCCAUUCAAGUUGAGUUUGGGCCUCCCCUCAGGAGCAAAGCUAACCGAAGGGGUAUCCAGUUGCUGGUUUCUAAGUGCUGAAGGCAACGAAUGGCUUCUUCAAGGACAAAUACCUUUUGGGGAAAUAGAGGACAUUUCCAGUCAACCAACGAUCUCACUGCAGAUUCCUAGAGAUUGCUUGUCACUGGAAGUCACUGUGUCUGUCAGUGUGCUUCUCUAUUACUGCAGCGCAGACAGCAGUGCUUGUAUGAUGAAGGGAAUUUUAUUCAGUCAGCCGUUACAGAUAACUGAUAAACAGCAAGCUUGUGUAACUCCAAUAGAGCUGGGGUAUGUAUUUUAACCAGUGCAGUGGGCUCGCCAGUCAAGUCACCUGUUUCCUCCCUUACCAUCUCUGUAGUUUAUGAAAAGAACCUUUUUUGCCACUUUGGGAGACUGAGAAACUGGUUACUAAGUUCCUGCAACUGAUACCAAAAUAAAACUAUGUUCCUUAUUUAUUAUAAACAGCUCCUUCAUUCUGGCUGUGUACCAGCUAAGUCACUGAUGAUCAUUUGAACCAUGCUAUUAUAAUAUAUGCUGCUAUAUGACAUGAGACUAAAGUCAACGCUAUGUUACAGCAUAUUAUCAUGAGAUAAUUUGUAGUGAAUACAAUAUACCAAAAAUUUUAACUCUUUCUACCUUUAAUAGCAAGCAGCACAUUUGAAUGUGUAAGUUUCUCAAUAACUUUAAACAGAACCUGAGAUCGUAAUGUUUUAUAAGGACAUCUGCCACUCAAGCAUAAGAAAGUCUUCUCAUCACAGAAGCUUAACAGAUAGCUGAGUGGUAAAUAUAUUUAGAAGAUAAUUUUUAAUAUAUUUGUCAUUUUUAACAUACCAUUGUUGAUGCCUUACAAUUCUACACCGAAAAAAAUUAAAGCUCGAGUUUAGGACAUACAGACUCACUCUUUCUAAGUGAAGUCUUGACAGAAAAUGAAUGCGUCCCCAGAAAUACUAUGGCUUCAAGGAGAAGGGGCUCAGAAACAUAUUACUAUCUGUGAUACUAUUUAAUGGUAGAUGAUUAAUUAUGGCAGCUGACUAUGAUGCAAAUGGGUAUAUAUGUUUUCUUGGAACUUUACAUUUCACUGGUAAACAUUAAAUAGAGAUUUGUUGGGUUUUGGGUUUUUUGUUCCCACUUUCAAAAUUUAAAUGUUCAUUUAUUUUGAUGUAUUUAGAAAUCACUUUUAAGUCUUCAAAGUAUAAAUCAUGAUGUGUGUUGUACUAUUAAUAGGUAAAGUAUGCCCUAAUAUAUUAUCAAUCUUAAAACAAUAAGGCUGAAACAUACCAUGACUGAUGAAAAUAUUUAGGAGCUUUUUUUUUUAACCAUAAAAGAAAUAGUUUUUGUUGCCUUUUCUUAUUUUUACUAAA